AUGUUGGGGGAAGUCUUGGUCGCACAGGACCCAACAGCAAUCGCGCAUGGCGACGAUCUCCUUUCCAUUCGCGAAAUGCCCGGUGAAACGACUGUAGAAAACUCGAAGAAAGCCGAUUCCAAGACGAACGGCGCCUCUUCUAAUGGAGCACAACCAAAAACCGACAAACCUCGGCCACACGGGUGCACUACAUGUGGUCGCUCAUUUGCUCGUCUAGAACAUCUCAAGCGCCAUGAACGAUCUCAUACCAAGGAAAAGCCAUUUGAGUGCCCCGAAUGCGCUCGUUGUUUUGCACGCCGCGAUUUGUUGCUACGACAUCAACAAAAACUACACAUGUCUGCUGCACCUUCUCGCCCACGAAAUGCGCGCCGCGAGAGUACUGGCGCUGCAGGAUCUGGAACGAAUCGCGUCCGGAAGAAUUCUGUUGCUGGCGGCACAUCAAAUAGCAUGCGACCGAGGGCGAACACUAUCAGUCAUAUCGAUAAUGGAGCUCUGAAUGUGAUCAACGCUGCCAGUGCAAACGUUGCACGACUACCAUCUCAAACGAACCACUCAUUCCAUCCUGGUCUUAACUCAGCACCGGGCAUCCCCAAUUUCGAGACCCGUGGAUACAGCUCUGUGCAUCCUCCUGCAAACGGCCUGCCGAAGUUGGAGACUAGUGGAAUCCCUGUGGAUCUUGCUGGCGGACUAAGAACGGCACCCGUUUACGGUAGUUUUGAUCUCAACCUUGGUGAUAACUUCUUCGGAGGAGGAAGCACUAUCAAUCCGGCCCAGCUUCAUUUCGGUAACUCGCCGCAAUUUGGUCAUGAUAUCCCACCGUCUCCUUUUCAUCAGAACUUUCACCCGCUAGCUUCAGUCCCGGAUACCAUGUUAGAUGAAGAGAACAAUUUCGACUGGGUCAACGGUUUCGACACCACGCUUCCGUUAGGUCCUGUGAGCGAUUCGGCCAUCGAGGAAUCAUCUCCAUCUGCAAUGAGCACGGAAUCCCAGAGUCGAACCAGCGACCCGAUGCUGGAAGCCUCAGCGCAGAUUGCUUCUCCCAACGGCUGGCAGACUCAAUUCUCUACCUCACAGUCCGCUCCAUUCACAAUGGACUUUUCUUCUCCGUUCCAAGAGCUGGGCUUCCCUGCAACCGUGGACACCAUCUCUCCCAAGUCCUUGAUGACCCCAGUCCAAUUCACAGAUCCUUUUGCGCCUAACCAACCCUUGACUCCAAUGAGCCAAUCGAUGUUGGGAAACCAUUCGCAGAGUAUGUUCUCAUCUUCCAUGGUAGCCGACCGUGAAUCUCCUAAUCCUUUCAACGUGCCUUUCGCCAGUAGUCCCUUACGAAAUUCCAUUCCCACAACAUCGCCAGACACAUUUCCAGACACAUUUCCAGACACACCAAAUAGGCAGGCAUUACUAACCGGCAUGCCGCAACCGAAUGGAACGUUACAUCACAAAUCUUCUCAGCUGAGCAACGGAACGUCUUACAAUCGUGAUGCUGCUCCUCGACCAUGUGCUAGCAUCCAAACACCUUCCUACUUCUUGCCAAAUUCAUUCGAACUGCAGCGUUAUAUUCAGUCCUACAUCAACUACUUUCAUCCACAUCUCCCAUUCCUACACAUUCCCACACUUGACUUUCAAAACUCCGACCUCACCAACAAUCUACGUACCGCGAGUGGCCAUCUCAAUCUCAGUUCUACAGGAGUCGCCAGGGGUGGCGGUUGUCUUAUUCUGUCCAUGGCGGCUAUGGGAGCGCUGUAUGAAUAUGAUACUGCCGUUUCUAAGGACCUGUUCGAAUCAGCCAAAAAGAUGAUCCAACUCUAUUUGGAAGAGAGACGCAAGGCUGACAUGUCAGCCGCUCUAAGCCGGACUACUGCGAGCCGUGACAAUCCCGUUCAUAACACGCCAUUAUGGCUUKUCCAGGCCAUGCUGUUGAAUGUUAUCUACGGACAUACCUGUGGCGACAAGACCUCCGCUGAUAUUGCUAGUACACAUUGUGCUGCUUUGGUAAGCCUUGCACGCGCAGCUGAAUUGACACACCAUGUCAAUGCAGAACAACUUCCCCAGGACUACCUCAACAACAGCAAACAGAGCAAUGAAAGCCCUGAUGGUGGUACAUUUGAUCAGAACUCGCAAACCCAGACUCCGCCCAAAGAACGCAAGGACUGGCUAGACUGGAAGAUCGUGGAGGAGCGAAAGCGAACACUUUUUGCCAUCUUUACAUUAUCUAGUCUGCUUGUCUCUGCUUACAACCAUGCGCCCACACUGACGAAUUCUGAGAUUCGCCUUGAUCUCCCCUGCGAAGAAGACCUUUGGGCUGCAGAAUCUCCUCAAGCUUGGAGGAAAAUGGGUGGUGCGACAGCUUCAAAGAAGGGAAUUUCAUUCUCUUCGGCCUUGACUCUACUUCUCACUGCAAGUCAGCGAGCCAAGUUCGUGAACCAGCCAACUCAAGCCUUUGGGUCCACUCUUCGAGUGGAGGACUUACCUCAGAGUGAUUUGAAGCCCAGUACCUUUGGUUGUUUAGUUCUCAUUCACGCAUUACAUAAUUAUAUAUGGGAAACACGUCAGAGGCACAUGGGCCGCCAGUGGACAUCUCAAGAGACCGACGCCAUGCAAGCACACAUCGAGCCGGCCUUACGGUCCUGGCAAGCUGCUUGGGCUAGCAAUCCGCUACACAGCCUGGAACGACCAAAUCCAUACGGCGCUGGACCGCUAUCCGCCGACAGUAUCCCACUGCUUGAUCUAGCCUACGUGAGAUUGUUUGUCAAUUUGGGACGCUCAAAGGAAGCAUUCUGGGAACGCGACUGGAAUGCAAUGUCUGAGGAGCUUGCCCGUGGUGCGGAGAUCAUUCAACAUGCCGACGAUGGUGGAAUCGACACAUACAGCUCAGGGAACAUCGAUAUAAUGCGAAGAGACUCGAUAGCUGAUCUUGGCGUUGGGGAGCUACAUUUAUCUGCUCAGCCAAAUUCAGAACAAUCCUCUUCGCACAUGUCACAGCUAUAUGCUAGACCAACUCAAUCAAAGCGGGAACGACACUUGCGGAAAGCUGCAUUCUAUGCAGCCGACUCAAUAUGUAUGUCGGAUCGCUUGGGAAAUACGUUUGCCGAAUGGACUUCACGCGAGCUGCCCUUGCAAUGUGCCAUGUGUUCAUUCGAUUGCGCUCAAGUCCUUGCUGAGUGGAUCACGACCGUUCAGGAGCGUGUUGGACCGUAUCUAGGCGUUCUUGGGCGCGAUGAGGUUGACUUCAGUCAGGUUCCAGGAAUCAUGCUGUUGGAAGAAGAGGAUUGCAAACUGAUUGAUAAGAUCAAAGAGAUUCUGGGAAGCAGUGAGGCAAAGUUGCAGCGGGAGGCACAGACUACCGGCACUACUCCAGCAUACAACGUGCUACAACGUUUUCCCAGUGCAAUUGAAGGGGGUUACGGUACCAAGAUCUUGAUGACUACAGCCUACCUGCUUGACAGAGCUGCAGUUUGGCCGAUUACAAAACUCAUGGCUCGAUCCUUGGAAACCCAAGCCUCACGUAUGAAAGAGCGCGCAGAUAACUCUGUCACAAUUGAAAACUGA